AUGCCGACUCCGAUCUACGUGCCGAUCAACGAUCUUCUUCGGGAGGAGAUGGACUGGCAUGCGGCUCAGUUGUUUCUCUUGGAGUACCAGCUACGGCAGAUCGCGGCGGACAUGGCGAGUUUGAACCAGAUCUCCAUGACCUUCGACAUGUGUUUGAAGUUCGAGGAAAAUUUUCAACAGGAGCGAGAGGAUGAUCCCACCAUGAUCGAACAGCAGACGGUGAUGUGGUCGCGAUCGGAGCACGGCGGCAUGCCAUCUUCGAGUCCGCCCAAGGCGGCCGCAGGGGCAGCUGGCCUGCUGGAUUCCACGAUGCCGUCGAACCCAGGUGCCACAAUGGGUUCCACCAAAGUGAUCAGGCUACCUCAGCUGCAGCCCAGUGCGGAGUACAGCACAUUGCGUUUAGCAAAGCUACAGCCUUCGGCGAAGCUCAAAUCUUGGGAUUCGCGCAGGGCAACAGGGUCAGCGCUUUCUGCGGUGCCAAUGCUGCCCGCAGCGCCGAUGUCGGCACGAGUAGAGAGGUCGCAGGUGCCCACCAUUUCACAGCUGUCUACUCAAUAUAUCCAGUCAAGCCGGAGCCCGCAGACCAGCCGAUCGCUUAGCAGGUCAGUUCGCCUUUUCGAUUCCGAGAUCUUCAACUUGGACCAUGAGGAGCUUUCCAGCUAUUGCCUUCGGGGCCGCGAGGCGAACCAACCGGGUGCACAGCUACCUUCAUCGGGCCCACAGUCCGGGACUGCCGCCCUUCAAGACGAGGAGGCGGAGCAACGCCAGGUGGAGACGGUGCCGGCCCACUUGGUCCAGAUCCGGGCCAUGUACUCGCCAACAAAGACGCAGCUUUCCGAGGUGGAGGGGGCUGAGGACGGCGGCGACAGCCCCGCAUUAGGUGCCAGUGCCACGUCUCCUACAGGUGCCGAGCUGGGUGUCGUGACAACCACUGCCGAGGUCAGGACGCACCAUAAGGAGAUGUUGCAGGCCCAAGUUCCCGACGAAGAGUGGGAUGAGGAGACCAUGCUUCGCCGCGAGCUGGCCAAGUUGCGAACUGGCGAGGAUGUCAUAGCCUUCUUCGCGAAGAACGGAUCCAACAGUUCGGUGAAGUUCGUGUACUGCAAGCGAAGAGAGAAUGUGGACGUUACCGAGUUUCGGCCAUAUGACCUUGAAGUCAUCUCUGAGCUCAUGGAUGGGUCCUCCUCUGCAACGACGGCCGCAAAGCUCGGGGAGCACUUUACGAUCUCGGCCACCGGCGUGGUCCACGUGUCCCCGGGGCAGCAGAGCGAGCACAUGUCGUUGGGAGAUUGGACGCGCCCUCGAGUGAUGGAUCAACCCUUUGCCGGAAUAGCAAUGGCAGGGCGUCGAAGCAAGGACCUGAAGGGCUCGGAGAGCGAGACCCGAGAGCCGGAGUCGGAUCGGCUUUCGCAGCCGUCUGUCGACGAUUCUCUCUCUCUACCAGGCAUUGCCUUGCGACUGGAGCAAGAGGAUGUGGUCGCUCGGCCUGCAACGCGGCGGGUUGUUUGCGUUUGGAUGCGGUUGUGA